AUGAGCGGAAACAGUUGGCCCAAUGCCACGGCCGCGGGCGAUCCGCUGUUGGCGGCGGCCAAAGUGGGUGCCCUGAGUGGUGCGGCGGGCUUAAUCUAUGGCGGCGUGGCGGGGGUGCUCCGAUCCCCCAACCCAGUGGUUCAUUCGCUGUCAUGCGGCAUCCACUGGUUUGCAUGUGGUUCAACAUUCUGGUGGCUUCGAAGCAACAUUAUCAAGAUUCACUUCCAAGAUCAACCAUCCCCGUCGGAGCGGGCCUAUGUUAGCGCCCUCUGCGGUGGCCUCUCCGGCGGCGUGGUAACCCGGCUCAUGGGAGGUCGACUAGUGCCAGGUUUGGUUAUUUUCUCCCUCCUCGGCUACGGUGGCCAAAGUGCCUUUAAUCGUCUCGAUGCCUGGCAGAUGGACUGGGCCCAGCACCCUUCGAAGCCAUUUGGGCAACGAGUGGCCGAAUCCAAGUGGAUUCCACUUCGACAUCUCUCCGAUCAGGAGUAUCGCGGGAUGUUGAGCGAGAAAUUGCUCAGUGUCGAGGCGGAGAUUGCGCUUUUAGAUGAGAAGAUUGAGGAGCUCGAGAAGACCCGACCAGCGCCUGUAUCUUCCACUUCCCCAGCAAAAUGA